CCAAGCGCAGCGCAGACCGGGUGGUCUCAAGGCAGACCCGGAUUGCAGAGGGCGUGGCAGGGAGAGCCGCAAGCCCCUAAGGGGGUCGGGUCUGUGACUUCUCCCCGGAAAAGAGCGAGGAACGCGCUCUGCGGGAAAAGCUGGACUCCACAGGCUUCCGACGACAAGCCUGGGACGGAGAGUCCGGGAGUUCUCAAGGACAGGUGAACGGCCCCAGGAGAAGGACAGGCAGGGUCACCAUCUGGACCGCCAUGGCCGCGUCCGCCCGUCGUCUGUGCCACAUCGCUUUCCACGUGCCCGCGGGGCAGCCCCUUGCCCAAGAUCUGCAGCUUCUCUUCGGCUUCCAGCCCCUGGCGGUGCGGGAAGCAGACGGCUGGCGGCAGUUGGCCCUGCGCAGCGGCGACGCGGUCUUUUUGGUGAACGAGGGCGCUGGACCCCAGGAGCCCCUGUAUGGCCUGGACCCACGUCAUGCUGUGCCCAGCGCCACCAACCUGUGUUUCGACGUGGUGGAUACGGGCGCUGCCGCCCGGGCGUUGGUUGCGCGGGGCUGCAGCGUGCCGGUGCCCCCUGUUAGCGUGCGGGAUUCUCAGGGCACCGCCACCUAUGCCGUGGUCAGAUCACCUGUGGGCAACCUCAGCCUGACUCUGCUGGAGCGCGCCGGCUUCGGAGGGCCUUUCCUGCCGGGCUUCAGGCCUGUGCCCUGUGCAACCCGCCCAGGCUGGGUCAGCCACGUGGACCACCUGACCCUGGCCUGCACCUGUGGCAGCUCCCCCACAUUGAUGCGCUGGUUCCACGACUGCCUAGACUUUCGCCACCUGCCACUGAGCCCAGGUGAGGAUCCGGAGCUGGGCCUCGAGGUGACAGCAGGAUCUGGGCCAGGGGGACUGAAGCUCACCGCCCUGCAGACCACGCCAGGCAGCGCUGCCCCCACCCUUGUACUGGCUGAGUCCCUGCCAGGGGCUGCCAGUGGACAGGACCAGGUGGAGCAGUUCCUGGCCCGGCACAGGGGACCAGGACUGCAGCACGUGGGGCUGUACACACCGAACAUAAUAGAAGCCACUGAACGGGUAGCAGUGGCGGGGGGCCAGCUCCUGGCUCCUCCUGAGGCAUACUACCAGCAGCCGGGCAAGGAAAGGCAAAUCCUAGCUGCUGGACAUGAGCCUAGCCAGCUAGCCCGACAGGGGAUCCUGCUAGAUGGCGAUGAAGGCAAGUUUCUGCUUCAAGUCUUCACCAAGUCUCUCUUUCCAGAGGACACCUUCUUCCUGGAGCUGAUUCAGAGGCAGGGGGCGACAGGCUUUGGCCAGGGCAACAUCCGGGCCCUGUGGCAGUCGGUGCAGGAGGAGCAAGCCUCCAGGAACCAAGAAACCUGAGAAGGGUUGGGGCUGGGUUCACCCUCCUGUCCGGGAGCACAGGGCCUGUUGCAAAGGAGAAACACCCAUGGAGGCUUGGAGUGGAGAGGGCUUUGUCCCCAGGGCCAUACCUGCCAGAACUUGAAUCUCUCACUGGGGUGCCAAAGAGGUGGGAUUUUAUUUUUUCUUUUAAACUAUGAAAUGUUCUUAGUCUAUAACUAAUAUAUAUGCAAGAUAUAAAGAAUAAAGGAAUUAUAUAAUUAGGAAAUAGAAUAUAUCAAUACUUUUGAACCUUCCUUGUGACCUCUGAUACCAUUUCCCUUCACCCCACCCCUAAUUUUAUGAUUAUUAACUCCCUGAUUUUCUAUAUUGUUUCACUACAUAUGAAACAAUACAGAUAUAAAUUUAGUAUUUGAGGUAGGAAUUUAUGACAGAACAAAUCCUCCCCUGUGUUUCCCUUCUCCCCAGGGAGCAGCCUCUGCAGGUGGGGAAGGGUUGGGUCAGGGCUGAGCCCAACCACCUGCUCUAAGACAAUACCACUACUCCAGUCAGAGCUGACCAAAGACCUGGACCAAGGGUGUUGGGUGUCAGCCACUGGCAGGGGCCCCCUAAAGCUGCCUUCUCCUUCUCUCUUGG